GAACUACMCGUAUUUUGGUUUUACUUUGAAAAAAUGUCUUCAAGUAGUGACAAUUCCUUGCCUUAUUUACCAGAUAACGAUUCUCCCGGAAGCUCAGUCUCUUCAUCAUUACAAAAAGAAUACGAAGAACUCCUAAAAUAUGCCGUUGUAACUCCAAAAAUCCAUAUAGCGGAGAAUAUUUAUGAAAGAAAUAGCAAAGCUCAACCGUCGCGAGGGGUUGAUAAUGGCGGUCAAUCAAGUGAAGAUUCGUCAAAGUCAAGCGCUUCUUUUUCUUCGAAACCAUCGAAUAGUGAUUCAUCACAAAGCAUCUAUGUUGAAGACACUUCUAAUGUAGUUAGAGAUAGUGUUGCUGGAUUACCUAGUAUCUCUUUGAUGGGWCAAGGUAGUUUGGCCAGAGACUCACUUUUGAGAGAUGAAUCAGCURCGGCAACACCAAAUGGUAGASAAGGUGGUUCCMAUUCAUCAUCAAAUGAUGCCUCCCCAUCAGAAGAAUCGCCAUCAUCAGACAAAUCUGAUGAAUCACCCAUUGGUAGGCAACGGUCUCCAGGAAUCGAUGCUGAUCUUGCUAGAAUGGAAGCCUUAUUGGAYAGCUGGUGUCUAGAUUUAAAAAGAAAUGUGCUGGCUGAAUUAGCACAGUGUAAGAUGGGUUUGUUUGAAAAACAAAAGCAGAUUAUUCUGCAAGAAAAGAGAAGACAUAUSGCAGACAGGAAUAAACUACUGAAUGAGAUGGAGAGUCAAAAAGAACUGCUGUACACCUAUGAACAGUCUAUAAGCCACAAGGACAGCAUUGUGGCCAACAUGACUAGCGCCCUUCAGAGACAGCGUGACAAGUUUGAACUUUUGAAAGGGUUUUCACAAUGGAAAGUAAAACACAAUGAUGAAAACAGAGAGGCAUUCACUGAUAAACUAUCCYAUAAACAUUACAACCACAAGCUGAAAGCAAAAGCUUGGAGUUCCUGGCGACAGUUGAUUGAAUCCCAGUGGAAAAAUAGAGUGGAAAGAGCUUGUCAGAGCAAAGCUCAAGAAGUUUGUGUGAAAUUAACAGAAGAUUAUGAGACCAAACUUGAAAAGACAAAUCAUGAACUCGAGGAGGCAAGGCAAGAAAUAGCACAUCUGCAUGCUGAACGUGAGGCAUAUGAAGAAACAAUGAAGAAAGCUUUUAUGAGAGGAGUGUGUGCUCUGAAUCUUGAAGCAAUGACAAUGUUUAGAGAAGGAGAAGAGGGUGGGAGACAAACUUCUUUUGAUUCAGAUCAAGAAGACACUCCACGGUCUCAGGCCCCUGUUCCUUCAGCCUCAUCAACAGGGAUCCCAGUAGGCAUGCCAGGACCUUCAAGCCAGAGCGGGGUCCCUUAUAAACCUGCUUCCCAGGCAGGUGGUAGAAAAAUUACAGUUAGAGCUACAGGAAGAGAGGAUCUGAAAGGUGCCAAGGGAGGAGCAGGUCUUAUAGGACACCAAGGCCCAGUCAGCUCCAUUCUUGUACAGCGGCACACCUCACAACCAAGUGGUCCCUCUACACUACCCCCAACUAGACAGCAGCCACCUACCACUACGAGCAUGCGCACUACAAAGAGUCGUCCACUUCCUGUCAAGACGGUCCAUACAACACCAUUAAAAAGUGAUUUUCCUSAGACCKUGAAAUAGUAGCCUAAUAAAGGCCGAUAUCAAUUUUACCAGUGAUCUCUAAAGUGGAAAAAUGGAAAAAAUAAUUCAUCGUCAAGUAAUGAAAUAUCUGAAUGACAACAAGCUUCUCUCACAGUUCCAAUUUGGUUUUAGG